GUGUAUAAGCCAACAAGGUAUAAAGAUCAAGUUGCGUCUGCCGAAGGAAGAGUCUCUCGCGAGCUUCCCUCACUGUCACUAGUCAAGCUUAACUACUUACUGAGAAGUCACCUAAGGCUAAUUAUUUUGUGUUUAAAAACAUUGCAGAAUCUUCGUAGUGAUCUAAAACGAUGCGUUUUUUGCUCAUAUCUUGCCUCUUGGCCGCAGCGGCUAACGCUCAAGACGAGUACUUUCGACAACCGGAAAAGAUCGUCAAGGCCUCGAACGAAGUAGGCGAACGUUUGGGCAAUUACGCCUUCACCUACGAGACGGAAGGCGGCAUACUCCAGUCGGAGGUCGGCCAGCGCAAAUACCAGGGCACCGAGGACGAGGCUCAGCUGAUUCAAGGCUCGGUGCAGUACAACGCGCCCGACGGCACUCCCGUGGCACUGAGCUGGACCGCCGACGAGUUCGGCACUCAAGUUCGCGGCACUCAUCUGCCGACUCCUCCUCCGAUUCCGCCGGCGAUCGCGAGAGCUUUGGAGUGGCUGGCCAAGCAGCCCAGCACCACGGAGCAGCCGGAGGUAGAGCGAAAGAAGCCGUACAAAGCUCAGCAAGAAGAUACGUUCGCCAAACCGAUCGUUGUUAAAAAACAAACGUUUACCAAACCAUUGGGUUUGAAUAAAAGUCAACGAUUUUGA